CUGGACACCUCGUCUUCACCGACUCCCCUCCUUUCCGUCAGACAAAGCUCUGAAAAUCAAAAAUGGCGCACGCCGACCACACUCGCGAUCCUUGUCCCUGGGUCGUCCUCAACGACUUCGGCGGUGCAUUCGCUAUGGGUGCCAUUGGUGGAGGUAUCUGGCAUGGUGUCAAAGGGGCACGGAACUCGCCAAGGGGCGAACGCCUCGUCGGUGCAGUUUCCGUCAUUAAGGCUCGUGCGCCUGUAACUGGAGGCAAUUUCGGUGUUUGGGGAGGCAUGUUCUCGACAUUUGAUUGUGCGGUAAAGGGGUACCGACAAAAAGAGGAUGCAUGGAAUGCUAUCAUCUCCGGAUUCUUGACUGGCGGGUGUCUCGCAGCACGAAGUGGGCCACGAUCUGCACUUGGUUCUGCCAUUGCAUGUAGUAUACUUCUAGGCGUCUUCGAGGGUGUCGGUGUCCUGCUGAACAGAGUUUUCAGCGAAGGCAACCGACAGCAACUUCCACCUUUACCCGAAAGCAUGUCACCAGCCACAGCUCCUGCAUAGUCCUUUGCACACUGCACUUCGUCUCGUUCACAUUAGAUCUCUUAUGUAUUGUCACAUCUGCACUUCCUUACCUUUUAUCCCUACUCAGCUGUCGAUGCAUAAUACACCUACUGCACCAGGACUUUGGUAUUA